CAAAGACAAAUUGGAAAAUUUAAAGAAGAUGUUGAAUCAAAAGAACUAACAUCUUGCUUAAUUAAACAAUUGUUACAAAAUAAUAAGAUUCAUUUUGAUCGAGUUACAACAAAAUAUGAAGAUUAUCCACAUCUUACUAAACAAGAAUUUAUUAAAAAUACUAUAUUAGAUGGAAAUAAAAAUCAUUUAAAUUUUGAAUCAUUUGAAUAUUCAAAUGGAAAAAAAUAUAAAUCUAAUAAUAAGAAUGGAAAUAAUCAAUAUAUUAAAAAAAAUACUGCCACUAGCAAAGAAAUAAUAGAAGAUUUAUUUGAAAACAAACUAACAAGUGAUGAG